AUGGCAGUCCGCUCGCUAUUUAGUCUGGUUUCCCUAAUCAUCCUCGCCGGAGGCCUUCUGUUCAUGUUCUUCAUCUUGCUGGCUGGCGCAGUUCAAGAUUCUCCGCUCAACAAAUUCUACCUCCUCCAGGCGGACACUGGCAACAUACCGGGGGCACCCUCGGUCUCGCGAUGGUCCUACUGGAACGUCUGUGGUGUGCAAAACGGCCGCACCGUGUGCGGUGAUCAACACUACGAAGAUGUACACCCGGCAUUCCCGCUUGACCCUGCCUCGCACCGCAACUUCGGCACCACGGUGAAUGUGCCGCGGAGCUUUGUCCGCCACCACGGCUACUACUUUUAUAUGACCCGAUUCAUGUUUGCCUUUAUGUUGAUUGCCCUCUUUUUCGGAGUGUUCGCACUGUUGACCGGACUCCUGGCCCUGUGCACCCGACUUGGCAGCUACCUAAGCGGACUCUUGACCACCAUUGCCUUGUUCUUCCAGACAAUCCAAGCAGCCUUGAUGACGGCUGCGUAUGUCAAGGGUCGCGACAACUUCCGCAAGAACGGACAGGCCGCGAACAUCGGGAAAUAUGCCUUUGGGUUCGAAUGGGCCGCUGUUGCUUGCUUCCUGAUCUCCACGGUUUUGUUCUGCAUGGCCGGUUCGACACGUCGAGAGAAGACUCCGAAAGCCAAAAAACAAGGACGUGGAUUUUUCCGAGGACGACGAAGCCGGAGCACCCGAAGCAGAGGAAGCUUUUUCCAGGAGAAAGAGUACGGGGUAUAA